GCUGAUUUUGAAAAGCUCUUAACCUGGAAUAAUUGGUCUCUGCUUUGCGUGACAGUUUUGCUCACUGUAUCCAGUCUUGGUGGCAUGCUGUGGCCAAAGCGGUUAGCGCGAUUUUGCGGACGAAAGCCCCGUCCGACCUUCUGACAUUCAUGAUCAAGGGUUCUGACAGUAGUAUAUCGCAGCGUCUUGCUGUUUUAUCCAAACACUUCCUACGAUCGUCAUGGCCUUCUGCUUUUCUACCAUUUGAUCGUGGAAUGAACAGAAUGAACAUAACAGAGAUAGCAGAUGUGCAAGCAGAACAAACGUCACAAAGAGGUCUCGAUGCUGGUUACGGCCAAUGGAUAGAGCCAAUUCUCUUUCAAAAGGAUGCUACAACUAUGGACCCAGGAACCUCUGAUCCCAAACCCUCUCAUGUUCCACCGACUGGGCGGCGAGGUCGAGGUCGACCUAGAGUGACUACAGCUCCAACAGUCGGCGGCAUUGAAAAAAGACGGGCACAGAUCCGGAGUGCACAACGCAAGUAUCAAAAACGAAAGGAUGACGCUGCAAGUUCUGUCCACCAGAGGUGUGAUGACCUUCUUCAGGUCCUUUCUGAUCUUUCUACGAGCAUCGAGGCAUUGCUAGACGUAGCAUGUGAAACUGGAUCUUUGGAACAGUCGGAUGAGUUAGGAAGCCAUACGCGUCGGUUGUGGUCUACAUACGACAGUGUUAUCAACAAACCCUGUGUAGGCUCUGAACUCCGGCUCCUGCAGAUCAAGAAUAACAGAAGACAAGAAAGAAGAAAAAGUGGAGUGAACUCUUCAGUGGCUGCAGUCGGGGAGGAUGGACUCGAAGCCUCUCCUAAUGAUCCGGAGCAUGGUGCAGACCGCAUGCAUGACAUGCCUGUAGUAGAUCUCGAUAACAUUCGUGGCAAUGAGACUACCGCCUUUGUGUCCUACCUAGUCCCUGGUGGGUCCGUCGUGGAGAGAUCGAAAGGAAUUUUUGAGGUGGUUGCUGAGAGGCAAGCCUCAUUGCGAGGAUCCCAUCAGCCAUCAUAAAUAGUCG